AUGAAGGUAUUUGCUCUUCAUGCUUGUGUGAGUCUGUUUGCUUUGCUCUGUGUUUCAAGCAAAGCGAAUCAGCAGGCAGAAAGGCUUCAACAAUUUAUUGUAUCAAAGAGAUCGUCAAAGAAUAAUAAAGUUGAUCAUCUGAUAAAUUCUUGGUGGGACGAUGAAGAUUUGUCCAAACAAAAGUACUAUGUUUCAGAACAAGAGGGAUUAAGGAAGGCUGAUAAGAUCAGGUCAUUGCCUGGACAGCCUUAUGGGGUCAAUUUUGAUCAAUAUUCUGGUUAUGUCACUGUUGAUCCAAAAGCUGGAAGAGCCCUUUUCUAUUAUUUUGUGGAGUCUCCAUAUAAGCCUUCCACUAAACCACUUGUUUUGUGGCUCAAUGGAGGACCAGGUUGUUCCUCAUUGGGCUAUGGUGCGAUGCAGGAAUUGGGACCUUUCAGAGUCAAUUCUAACGGAAAAACAUUGUUUGUUAAUGAAUAUGCGUGGAACAAAGUGGCAAAUGUGUUGUUCUUGGAGUCACCAGCCGGAGUAGGGUUUUCCUACUCAAACACUUCAUCUGAUUAUGAUGUAGCAGGCGAUAAGUUUACAACAAGAGAUGCAUAUGUGUUCCUCGUCAACUGGCUUGAGAGGUUUCCACAGUACAAAUCAAGAGAUUUCUUCAUCACAGGAGAGAGCUAUGCUGGUCACUACGUGCCUCAGCUUGCUCACACCAUUUUGGUCCACAAUAAACACGAUCCCAAAACCAUUAUUAACCUCAAAGGCAUUGCUAUAGGGAAUCCUUGGAGCUGGGUUGAUGAUGAAACGAGUGAAAAGGGAGUGUAUGAUUACUUUUGGACGCAUGCUGUGAUGUCAGACGAAACCCAUGAAGCUAUUGGUAAGUACUGUGAUUUUGCUUCUGAAAGUGUUUCAGACGAGUGUGAGAGCUCCACGAACAAAGCAUACCAGGAGCUAGGGAACAUAAAUCAGUAUAACAUUUAUUCACCCAUCUGUCACGACACUUCAAUCAGAAAUAAUGCUUCACCUGGUUCUGUAUAUAAUUAUGAUCCAUGCUCUGAGACUUACGUGCAAGUCUACAUGAAUAACCCAGAGGUCCAGCGAGCUCUCCAUGCACUUCCCACCAAUUGGACUCAUUGCAGAAAUUAUUAUAACUGGACAGACAGCCCAAGUAACAGCCUGCCCACAAUCAAGUAUCUCAUUGCGAGUGGCAUUAGAUUCUGGAUUUACAGUGGGGACACAGAUGGAAAUGUGCCAGUGACGUCGUCUAGGUACUCCAUCAACCGCCUCAACCUUACCAUCCAGGUUUCAUGGCGUCCAUGGUAUUCCGGAAAUGAGGUAGGAGGAUAUGUGGAGCAUUACGAGGGAGUGAGCUUUGUGACUGUGAGAGGGUCAGGGCAUGAAGUUCCGAGUUGGCAACCUGCAAGGGCUCUCACUCUCUUCACUUCUUUCCUCAACCACACCCUCCCUCUUCCUUCUCCGCCCUCAUAAGCAUGGCCGUCCGGCUCCAACUUCUCAACCCGAGAACCGACCCGCCUGAUUAUUCGGAUAGUGUUCUACCUGUUUUCUAGAA